CCAGGGAAGUUUAAAAAAAAUCGAUAAUUCCUAUUCCCGGGCCAAGCUUGUUGGCCCUGUUCUCUGUAUGAUCUGCACCUCUGGUUCCCGCCAUGCUAGCCGGGGACAUGGCGGUGGUGCAGGGCCCCAGCUGCGCCUUCAUUUCCGGGCUCCUUUCCCGCUGGGACCGGGCGACCGGAACCCCUGCCGGGUGGCGGGGACCGACCGCGGGGCGCGGCCCAUCCUGCCCCCCAAUCACGCUCCGCGCGCCCGCCCCGCUUCUGCGCUACGCUGCCGCCUGCACCAGCAGCAAGGCGCCAGCUCGCGCAGCCCUGUCACUCCCAAGGGGCCCGUUGCGAGCUCGCUUGGGGGUUCCGGCGGGAUUUGGAGCUCUGACGUGGUCCAUACCAGCGCGCUGGACAUUUCCCCAAGCAGUGCGCGCCCUGGAUAUUUUCCAGCCGCCCGCAUCCGCCAGAGCGCGGGGCCCUGAGCUCUCCACCCAAGCCCGGUUUCUCCAGCGAUGUCGCGCCGCAAGCAGGCCCGGCCGCGAGCCCUGAAACGCGAGUUAGAGAAUGCCCUGGCAAGCGGUGCUGAGGGAGCAGAGGAAGUAAAGGAGGACGAAGGAGAAUGUGUCAACAACAACAACAACAAUGGACCAUCCAACCAAGUUCAAGGCAGUGGGGAGCAGGAGGAGGAAGGCCCUUCCAACAGCAUGGCAGAGAAGGGCAAGGAGGUUCAAGAGAACUCCCCACGCCAGCCAUCCGAGAGGGGGAGUCCUGGCUGCCUGGAGGAGGAUACGCGACAAAUCUACCGCUGCGACACGUGCGGAGCGACGCUAGCCACGCUGUCGGACUUCAUGGACCACCGCAACUACGUCUGCGGAAGCGCAGACGUAGAGACCAUGGUGCUGCGGAACCCCUGGGGACAGGCACCUAUGGAGGUGGCGGAGGACAGCCUUGAUGGUGUAGAGUACUUGGAUGAGGAACUGGAAGGCGUCCCCAACGGCCCUUAUCCGUGCCAGUUCUGCGAGAAGACCUUCUCCAGACUCACGUACCUCAAACGACACGAACAGAUUCACAGUGACAAAAUGCCCUUCAGAUGUGAGUACUGCCUCCGGUUGUUCAAGCACAAGCGCAGUCGUGACCGCCAUGUCAAACUUCACACCGGCGAUAAAAAGUACCGCUGCACUUACUGUGACGCUUCCUUCUCCCGCAGCGACCACCUCAAGAUCCACCUCAAGACCCACAACUCCGACAAGCCCUACCGCUGCGUCAUCUGCAACAAGGGGUACACGUCUGCGGCGACAUUGGCAGCCCACGCGCAGACGCACCACAAGGUUUCGGACGCGAAGGACGAGUUCCGGUGCUUCCAGUGCGCAGAGACCUUUGACUCGGCGAGCGAUCUCCAAGGACACGUCGUCACUCACGACCAGGGUUCCCGUCCGAACAAGAAAAUGAUGAUGCAGUGCAACUACUGUGCAGAGUUGUUUGGCUCCGUGGAAGCACUAGUCCAACACGUGGAGGACAGCCACGCAAAGGACAAGAGAAACAAGUGUCCCCUGUGUUCUGAAUGUUUUGUCAACUCGGAGAAGUUGCACGAACACAUGGAGGCACACGGAGAGGACGGCUCCAUACACCGCUGUCCGUACUGCCCCAAACAGACCUUCCCCAGCAUCGCAGUUCUAGAAAUACACCUUCGUACCAUGCACGGGGACAAACCAGUGUAUGGCCACCUCUGUCAGUACUGCAACAAAGAGUAUCCCACCCUGAUCAACCUGGCCAAUCAUAUCAAAUGUGACCACCAGAAAGAAGCACUAGGCACUGAUUUUUCUGAUACGCGGUACCCCUGUGAUUACUGUACUAUGGACUUCGGAAGCGCAUCACUGCUAUACACCCACGUGAAAUUUGUCCAUUCUUUGUCUAAGUCUUCACUGAAAGAGGACAAUGUGGUGUACUGCCCACAGUGCACUAUGGGGUUUCCAACCAUGACGUCAUUCAACGAACACGCGGAAGAAGUUCAUGGGGCGUCAAGCCUCUCCCCAAUACCCAGUUCGACGAACAGUGUCUUGAGUUCACUCCUAAACGAAGGAAGCAUCAAUCUUCCGUUGGAAGAAGGCCUGAGGUACCCAUGUCCGUAUUGUCCUGAAGGGAUGAAUCUUUUCUCCAACUUCGACCUGUUGCGAGACCACGUGCAGGAGCAACACGGGACUAGAACACAAUGUUCACCAGUUGGAAGUACUCCUCCUGCACACACAGUUACCAACUCAAAGGACGAAUCGAAAAAGCCAAGCCCUGGAGAGGCAGGAAGAAAGAAGAAAACACAGCAUUCGGAAGAGAAGAACUCGAUAGAGAGAAAUGGCUUCUUUUGUUCACAGUGCGAUGUCAGCUACCUGACGCUAGAAGCCUUCCAAACUCACCUGAAGACCCAUCUUGAUAUGCUGCUACAGAAGCACCCCUGUCCAAAAUGUGGCGUGGAGUUCACCUCGGAGGACCAGAUGCUUCAGCACAUGUUGGAGCACUUCAUGGCAGUCGCCACCGAGUACGGCUGCCAGACUUGUGAGAAGACGUUCGCCAAAGCGGACGACUUGCAGAAGCAUCUCUUCGACAUCCACGCCCAUCACCUGUACCGCUGCUCCCUCUGUAAGGAAAUGUUCGACUCCAAAGUCUCCAUCCAAGUCCACUUUGCCAUCAAGCAUAGCAACGAGUGUCGCCUGUACAAAUGCACCAAGUGCUGGGGAAUGUUCCCUUCCGAGGGUGAGCUGGUGGCCCACAUCAAGACGACGCAUCUUCACAGCAAGCCCUUCCGUUGCAUCUUUUGCCAGGAGGCGUUUAGCUCCGACUUGGAGCUGCAGUGCCACGUGACCACGCACAACAAGCAGUACCAGUGUCACCUGUGCGAGGCCUCCUUCCACGUGCAGUUCCUACUGGAGAAACACGUGCUUGAGAAGCACAGCUGUCCCAUGGAAGACGGCAAGAAGGGGGCCAGGAGUGAAGAGGAGUCGGAGUCACAAAGCAGUCCCAGCACGAGUACGAAGAACGACAGCGAGGAAGCGACGGAGAGAGUAAGCCUUGACGAAGACAAGCUGGUCUACAAGUGUGACGUCUGCGACGGAACCUUUACGUCGGAACGGAAGCUGAAGAAUCACCGGUGGUCGAUCCAUAAGUUGAAGCCGCACCACAAGGGGAACAAGGACCUUCUGUUCCGCUUCCACUGCGGCGUGUGCUCAGCUGCCUUCCAGUCCGAGUACGGCCUCAAGAAGCACCUCAACGAAAACCACCAGAACAACACGGCCAGCAAGGUGCUCCUGGAGGGGAUGAAAGAUUCCCUGUCUACUGGAACCCCUCCACAGGGGUCCAUGUGUUUCAUCUGCAUGCAGAUAGUGAUGACGGAGGAAGAGUUCGUGCACCACUGCAAGGAACACAACCCGGACAUCGCGAACGAAAGUGGCGGGUUCAGAUGCGUGAUCUGCCUCCAGUUUGUGCCGAACAUGGCGGAACUGAACCACCACGCUGCCGUGCAUCUGCUUGCAGCAGGACUCGGCUCGCCUACCUCCAUGGCGGUGUACAUCUGCAGCACCUGUAAACGCGAGUUCACAUCACGAGCUCAUCUUGUGUCCACCUUAAAGUCGGGGUCGCCACCCACCUACAUGUGUACGGAAUGUCUCAAGGAGGCCAUCGAAGACAAUUCCGAUGAAAGCCUUAUAACCGAUGUGUCGCCGAACAGCCCCCGAACUGUUGUCCACUGCUCUAAGUGUGAGCUGAAGUUCGAGACAGAGAGAGAACUGGAGGUACACUUCACAUCGUCACACCCGCCCGACAAGUCGUAUCAGUGUAUCAAGUGUCAGAAGACCUUCGCGACGGAAGUAGAGAUCCAGAUACACGUGACGACCCACAUGAUGGAAGAGGGGACCGUCCAUGAAUGCAGCUUGUGUCGGGGUGUGUACGAUUCCCCAGCAAAGUUACAAGCUCACCUCAUCGAACACACAUUCCCAGAUAAGAACUAUCAAUGCCUGAUAUGUGGGGGGAGAUUCGCCACCGCACAGGACAUCCAGAGUCAUGCAAUAGACCACGGCCCAGAUGCAAGAAAGUACCACUGUCCCCAUUGUACUUUGACGUUCUUUUUCGAAGCCGAGUUACAGAACCAUUUGCUAAGCCAUAGCGAGGUCACCCCAGGUAACUUCCAAUGCCUCGAGUGCGGACAGAUGUUUAACAAUAAUGUAAAUCUAAGUAACCACCUGAAAAUUCAUGCUUCGAAGGAUAAGACCCUGAAGUGCUCGCUGUGCCCGGAAGUGUUCAACUCGACGGGGGAGAUGCAGCACCAUCACUUCUCCAUGCAUAGCGAGUCUGAUCUUGGGACAGCGAAAAAGUCCUUUAAGUGCAACCAGUGCGACAAGGUCUUCCCCUGCAUGAGCAACCUUCAAGGCCACAUGCGCAUCCACACGCAAGGAAAAAAGUUCCCCUGCCCCGAAUGUAGCAAAGUGUUCGCCCUCGCCCGAAAUUUGACCAUACACAUGCGGUCUCACUCGGGGGAGAAACCGUACCAGUGUCCCCUCUGCGAGAAGAGGUUCGCCAGGAAGGAGAACCGCAAGGUCCACCUGAAGUCUCACAGCGGGGUCAAGCCUUUCAUGUGUCCGCACUGUGGCAAGAUGUUCUCUCGCAAGUGUCACGUCAAGGAUCACAUGCGCACGCACGCGCUCCCCACCAUGCAUCAGUGCCCUGCCUGUAGCGAAGCGUUCACGAUGGAGAAAAACCUGAAGAGGCACAUGAAAAAGGUCCACAAAUUAGAGGUGUCAGAAGAAGAGGAUCAGGACUGAUCAUGAACUGUAAAUUAGACAAUGAGAUUACAUGUAAUGUCAACUCCUAUAAGUCUACCUGGUACCUAUGACUAUCACAUGAAAAAAGGGUGAAUCCAAACAGAUCUACUAGUUUUAAAGCAUCAAUGACCCCAAGUUUUAUUUCACUUCUGAUGUCCACAAUUUGGACUCCGAGCUGUUAAAGGCAUUAUUGAGACAACCUUGAUAACACCAUUUUUUAAUGUGAUGGUAUCAGGAUACCCGUCAGAAUUAUGAGAGUUGACAUUAAAUGAUGUGUGUAUCAAAAAUCUAGUGCUGCAAUCUAGCUCGAGACUUUUCAUGGCAGACUAGUCUGUUGUUAUUGACAUGUGGUAUCAAGCUCAGUGCAUCUGCAAUAUAGAAUGUAUUUUUUUUCUUGUCAACUUUUUUUGUCUGCUUAUCAUUAUCAUAAAUUGACAUAAAGCCUGCAGAAGGCACAAAAGUGAGUUGUACAUUUUUGUACACAGUGUAUGAAUUGUAAUCUAUUCACAAAGCAUUCUAUUAGUCAAUAAGAUAGACAGAUAAUGCUUGUCCAAACUAUACUUGUUGUUAGGUGAAUUAUAUCUUCAAAAGUGAUAUUUUAAAAUGAUCAUGUUGAUGUUGUAUUUUUAAGGAGUAAACUCUCAAUAGUACAACAUAUGUCAGUAACAUCCUGCAUAAAGACUUUCAGAACAUUCAAAAAUGAUUUCAACUUCUCCAAAAGUACUGUCAGGCUACAGACUUGUUCUCUUACUUCCUAUAUUCCAGUCCUACAUUUAAAUUAUGAUGGUUAUGUUAGAUCUUAGAAAUCUGUAAGUUGUUGAGCUUUGGUUUGGUUAGUUGUAAUACAAUUGUACUGAUUAUUACUGACAAGAAUUUAGAUAGAAGGUACAUGAAACAUUGUGGUUGCAAACUUUUAUGGCAAGAGUUACUAGUAGUUUAAAGAUAGCAUAGUUAGUUUAACGCAUACUUCUAGUUGUUUUGUCUGCUGAACUGUAAAAAAUUAUGAAACAUGAAAGUGCUUAGCACCAAUAUUCUAUUUUGGCCAGAACAGUUGUAUUAAUAUACUGUAAUGUUAGUAGUUGACAGUAAAUCUAUAUGUGUGCCAAAUGUGUAAAACAUCUUGAGCCCAUAUGUGGGUUUUUGAUCUAAAUUGUACAUUGUGUUAAAUACAUACCUACCUUCACAUGUCCUGGUUAUUUAGCCCACCUCGUAUGAAAGUAAUUAACUGUGCUUUAAUUUAGAAGGAUUUUAGGUAGGCUUAUAUACUGUUCGAUGAAAGGAUUUGUAUUAUUUUUGUAUUAUAUUACCAGAAGAGAAGAUGCUUUGUUAGAUAGAGCAACUGAAUCUAUUGACAAUUGCUUGUACGGUGCUGUAGUUGGAGAAGCAGUGGUGAAUUGUAGAAUCCUUGAAAUUGGGUGGUAAAGGGCAGACAUGCCCUAUUGCUUGACACAUACAGGAAGACAUUUGCUCAAAGAACAGCCGCAAAAUUAGGGCAAAAAUUCAACUAAUACUCCAAUCAAUGUUAUUGUGUUGGCCCGAAUGUUAACAACGCCUCUAGGUUGGACUUAUCCUCAAUAUAUAACAUGAUGAUGAAUUCGUAAUAAAUACAUUUCUAUUUGCAUUGACUCUUGUUGUGACGGAUGCCCUUCUUUCAUUUAACUUCUGACAGGUCCCAUAUUGAGAUGACAUUGCUGUGGAUUAUGCACAUGUUUGAUAAUGAUGUAAACUUAUGCAAAGUGUACACUGGUUAAAGUUACGGCAACAAGGCAAUCUGUACUAUGGCAUUGCAUCCAGAAGUGUGAUUAGCUUAUGUAAGGUGUGCUGAGAUGUGUGCUAUGUCAACUGUAUUCAGGAUGCCCAAUAUUACAUUAACGUUACAUGAAUAAAAUC